GCAGAGAAAAAGACGAGGAGGAGAGGAGAGGAGAGGAGAGGAGACAGAGAGAGAGAAAGAAAUGAGCUUAGGAUCAGCAUCGUACCUGGCUCGAAGAGCAGCGCAGAAGGAGAGAGUAAGGAUCCUCUACAGACGAGCUCUCAAGGACACUCUCAAUUGGGCUGUACAUCGCCACCUCUUCUAUCCUGAUGCCGAUGCUCUUAGGGAGAAAUUCGAGGCCAACAAAGAUGUGCAAGAUCUUGAAACUAUUGAUAGGAUGAUAGCUGCUGGUGAAGUGACCUACAAUAAGUGGCGCCAUCCUGAUCCUUAUGUGGUUCCAUGGGCUCCUGGUGGCUCGAAGUUCCACCGAAAUCCGACACCUCCUUCUGGGAUUGAGAUAUUAUAUGACUAUGGUAGGGAAGACAAUGACUAACGCCCGAUCUUCCUUCCGCAAAAAUAACUGAAGAUUAACUGGGCAUCAAGGAUGUGCAGAAAGAAGGUUCCCAGCCUGUGCAUGUUUGUUCAUGGCGGUGUUUUGAAAAUCUGGAAGACAUGCAGUUGGUUAAUUUGUAUUCUCUGAGCAUUUUGACUUGGAUUAGACAGUUUCCAGAUGAUGUGCCAAUCUCUCAGAAUAGUUGGAUUUUGAAUUUUGUCCCAUUUGCUUGGACCUUCUAUCAUCCAACACGCUUUUUAAAAUAAAUCAGGCAUUGAAUCCUUGACUUCUGCGCA